GUAUUACUAUGACAAAGACUGACAUUCCAGAUUAUGAAAAUGGCAGCUGAGACAUCCACAGAAGUUCCAAAAACUGCUAGACAAUUCGUCCUUAAGGAAGAGGUAAUUGUAGAAGGAAAAUGGGUGAAGCUUGAAGAAACAACUUACACUGAUCCCUUUGGUAAAACCAGAACUUGGGAAACGGUAAAGCGUACUGGCAACAAAAAGGGCAUUUCAGCUGAUGGUGUAGCAGUGAUAGCUGUACUACAGAGAACUCUCCACUACGACUGCAUUGUCCUAGUGAAACAGUUCAGGCCCCCAAUUAACAGCUAUUGCUUGGAGUUUCCUGCAGGCCUCAUCGAGGAAAAUGAGACUGCAGAAAGCGCUGCAUUGCGAGAGUUGGAGGAAGAAACUGGGUACAAGGGGGAAGUCGUUGAAUGUACUCCAGCUCUCUGCUUGGACCCAGGUUUGUCAAACAGCACAACACACAUUGUGAGCGUCACCAUUAACGGAGAUGAGGCUGAGAAUACGAGACCUAAACAAAAACUUGAUGACGGAGAAUUUGUGGAAGUCAUUUCACUUCCAAAGAACGACCUACUGCAAAGAAUUGACGAACUAGUAGCAGAAGAACAUAUUGCAGUGGAUGCCAGGGUUUACACUUACGCAUUGGCCCUGAAGCGUGCAGCAGAGAAACCGCUCCAAGUUCCUUUUAUGAAGUUCUAAAACUAGAUGAUGAGAAAUUUAGUUGAAAACUGCCCAAUUCAGAUGGCUUAGAAGUAUAACUCUUCUUGUAUCAAAGAUCCUUUGCUUUACUUGUAGAGCAAAACCAGUAUUUGUAGGAAUGAUUCUGAUAUUUUCAUCUGGAAUUAUGUAACUGACAAAAAGCAUUUCUUCUAACUGCUCAGUCUAUCAAGCCUUGACAGAAUAAUCCUAAUAAAAAUGCCGUUUAAUUUUCAGAA